GGCGACGCUCCUCGCCAUUCCCCCAAGUCGUUUUCCGUAUUCUGCUACGCUUCAAGCUUUGACGUUUCUCUUCAAGACUCACUCACGACCCUCUCUCUCACGCACACCUUACACAGCAAUGGCCGGAGGAAAAGGAAAAUCUGGUGCCGAAAAGGUAGCCGCCAAGACCAACUCAAAGUCUCGUUCCGCUCGUGCGGGUCUCCAAUUCCCAGUCGGUCGUAUCCACCGUCUCUUGCGCAAGGGCAACUACGCGCAGCGUGUCGGAGCUGGUGCCCCCGUCUACUUGGCUGCCGUUCUUGAGUAUCUUGCUGCUGAAAUUCUAGAGCUUGCUGGAAAUGCCGCUCGUGACAACAAGAAGACCCGUAUCAUUCCCCGCCAUCUCCAGCUUGCCAUCCGCAACGACGACGAACUCAACAGGCUACUUGGCAACGUCACAAUCGCCCAAGGAGGUGUCCUCCCGAACAUCCACUCUGUCCUUUUGCCAAAGAAGACAAAGGGCGCCAAGGGCAGCCAAGGAGAAUCUCAGUAAACACCUACUUACACACGCAUACACCCUUCAUCGGUCAAGACCGAUCUUUGAUUUUAAAAAACGAAAUCAGAGCUUUUCAGCUCUACUUUUUUAGUGUAGAUAUUUUUGUAAAGGUGCACCUUGGUUUAAAUAUUGAAGAUUUGGCCUUUGUUUCCCCA